GAUUGGCUCUCUCGCACCCCCUUACCAAGAGGAUCGCUCACCCUCCUCCAGGCUUCGGCCUCCCACCCCUUCAACCCCGUUUCCAUCCGGGCGGGAGGGGGACCGGAGAGGGCGCGGGUGCGACGCGAACUGCCAAUAGGAGGGCGGAGAGAGGGCCGGGAGGUGGGCUCUGCGGCCGGCCGGCCCGCGGGGAAAGUUCAGCCAAUGGGCGCGCACCCCACAUCCCGGGCUCAGGAGCGCCCCAGCCUGGCCGCUCGGGUUCCGGCGGGUCGCGCCCAGGGCUACGCCCCGGCUGCUGGUCGCUUGGGAGGGGCGCCCACUGGAAAGGUGGGGAGGAUGCGGCGAGGCCGGCGGGGAGACAGUGGGCAGCCAUUGUGGCGUGCUCCCUCACUGUCUACGUGAGGCCGGGCGCGCCUCUAACGGGGCUGGCUCGGGUCGGUGAGAGCGGGGCCGUCCUGUCGUCCGCUGGAACCUCGGCGGGAUGCCCCAUAGGGAGCAAGCCGAGCGUGCGUCUCGUCCAGCCCCGCGGAAUUAUGAGCCAAAUACUUCCACUUGACACUUCUUCCAAAAUAAUUUCAUACAGAACUUAUUUAUGGCCCAACCAAAAAAACCCUAUGAAGACAGAGAUAAGAUUUUGGCUCUCCUAUGGUUUCUGGUGGUGAGGAUGGGAUUUCAAUGGUUGGGGCACUGAGAGAUCCUGGGACAUCUGACAAAAAGCCAGCAGAAGUUAAAAUUCAGAGAAUUGGAAGUGACGUCAUCUCUGACAAAAAAGCUCCUCUUGGUGUGUGGAAGACCUAUAUAUAAAAGUCACAUCUAAGGGUCCACAGCUUAAUUCAUCAGCUUUCUCAGGCUUACUCAACUUUGAGUGGCAUCAGCUGCUAAUACACCUGAAAGAAAAUCGUGUCCUAAGACAUUGUGUGUGAAGAUGAUGUCUGCAAAAGACAUGGCUAAAAUAAUGGUUGUCAUGUUUGCGAUUUGUUUUCUUGCAAGAUCUGAUGGGAAGCCUAUUAAGAAGAGAUCUGUGAGUGAAAUACAGUUUAUGCAUAAUCUGGGCAAACAUCUGAACUCAAUGGAAAGAGUGGAAUGGCUACGGAAGAAGCUGCAGGAUGUGCACAAUUUUGUUGCCCUGGGAGCUUCUAUAGCCCACAGAGAUGGUGGUUCCCAGAGACCCCGAAAAAAGGAAGACAAUGUACUCAUUGAGAGCCAUCAAAAAAGUCUUGGAGAAGCAGACAAAGCUGAUGUGGAUGUAUUAAUUAAAGCUAAACCUCAGUGAAAACAAAUAUGAUCAAAGCACUGCUCUAGACAGAGUAGGGCCACAAUAUUACAUGCUGCUAAUAUUUUCAAGCUCUACUACAAUUAAGUGCCAAUAUUUCUAAUAUUACCAAACUUUACAUGUAAUCUGUUGAUAGCUAUGAUAGCUGCAAUUUUAAUUGAUUAUUUUGAUUCUACUUUUAUUCAAUUUAGAGCUCUUUUAAUAAUUCUGUUUCUAUUGAUUCUAAAUAAAUGAAGUUAAGUAUUUCUCCCUUGUUAUAAAAAUGUCUUUUGGUUACGAGUAACACCGAUAUAU